AUGCGGGCUUAUUCCCUCGGACUGCUUGUUUUACUGGCGGGCUAUUGUGUGAGCGGCCAGGGACUGUUUGGUGGAGGGGGUGGCGGUGGUGGAGAGGCAGCCGAAGGCGGUGGUGGGGGUGGUGGAUUGGCAAGGAUGUUCGGUGGUGGUUCUGCCGGUGGCGAAGCGGCGGAGGGUGGCGGCGGAGGUGGCGGCUCCGGGGGUCUGUUCUCAGGACAGCCCACAGGUGGACUGUUCGGCCGCGGGUCUGCCGGAGGCGAAGCGGGGGAGGGUGGCAGCGGCGGUGGCGGGGGUUUGUUCUCAGGACAGCCCGCGGGUGGGGAUGCUGAAGGUGGCGGUGCACAACAAAGAGGCGGUGCGAUAAAUAAACUCCUGACGGCGUAUUUAAUCGAGCAAAGGCAGGCCCAGAUGAAAGGACAAGGCGGCGGCCCCAUGAUGGCUGGUGGAAUGCAACAACCCCCUCGUUUCUCUUGGAUCCGCGCGCUCACGCGGGCCUACAUUCUUGACAGGAUGCUCAACAAGUUCCGGAGCGUGGACUGGUCAGAGAUGUUCUCCAGUAAAAAAUAG